UAACAUUAGAAGAAGAAGAAGACCACAAAUGAUUCGAAUGUUUAAGUAAAAUCAGAACAGAAUUCAAGCUGAGUGGUUGAUGUUAUAAUAUAUUCCAAUGACAGCUGUUUUCUAAUUCUAUAUUUAGAAGUUUAACUGUGAUAAAUAGGGAACGGUAAGAAGAAUAUGAGGUAUAUUUAAAUUUCUCUUUUCCGGAAUAUUAAUUUCAAAUCGAAUUCUUUAUCCGAAAGAUAUUAAUUACAUGAGGAUAGAAUUAUUGAUUUCGUUAAGUUCUAUUAUGGUGACAGAAAUCAUAUUCCGAACAUGAUGGAAUUUACUAACAGUGGAACAAAAGUGAUGAUAUAUAGAUCCUUCUAGGAGUAUAAAGAAAUGUAUAGAAAUGCUGAUUAUGAUUAUAAUUAUGACAGACUUUCAAUAGCUAGUUUUCCAGAUGGACUAAAAGAAGAAGUCAGAUACUUGCCAUAUAAUGAACCACCUGUGCGCAGAACUAAUAGCUGUGAUGAUAUAGCUCGCUUUUACCGUUGUUUCAAUCUAGCCCAAAGUAAUCAAGGGAAUGGUUUUACAUGGCGUCACUACUUAAGUUUCUUCCAAAUCAGGCUAAAGAGUUUUAAAUUUUCACCCACUUGCCAAAAAUUGAUGUCCAAAGUACCGAGCUCGUCAGAGUUUUCUUUUGUGACAGCUCGCCAAACGAGUACCCCGAAUGGAAUGUUUCGGUUUCGAAAGAAAUAUUCUUCUAAAAGUCCUCGAAGUAGCCCUGAAGUUGGCAAAAGCAGCAGUUCUCUGUCUUCAAAUGUGGGUACUCAUGUGCUAAAGGUAUGCAACGACACGAAGAAUUUAGCCAAAGAUAUUUGCAAGAAAAUGGAGAAAAUCUCACAUCUAUAUAACCACGGAAGUCGAAAAAAUUCAAAGGAACGACGUCGGCAUGAUGCAGUGGAUAUAAUAGGAGAUGUUCAUAGUCUUUGCAAAACUCCGAUUUUAGCACCAACAGGAGAAUCUACAGAUACUGAUUCCGGAAAUGCAUCACCUUUAAAAGGAGCUGGUGACAGAAGAAGAGAUUAGUAGCAACAAGUGGCCUCUGUCAUUGAGGAAUUUCUUUUAUCGUUAGUGUUCUAUUAAAUUGAAAAUUCCUCAAAGAGAUUUUUAAAAAAAAUUGAAAUAUUUUAAAGGGUUUAAAUUUAUAUUUUUAGAAGCUACGUAAUUUAAAUUCUCUUAAAAGUAAGUGUUAAAUUCAUACAUACAUCCCCAUGAAUUCUGUGUUUUAGGAAUUUUCGUUAAUUUCUUAAAUUGUGUCGACUUUGCUACUGAGGAAAGUUAAUUAGUUCUUAGAUCAUGAAUUAUUUUCUGUUUUAUUUACCUCUCUGAUUGAAAUAGAGCAAUAGUUAUUAUAUUUCAAGUAAUAGCCAUUUUUGUACUUACUGUUUAAAAGUGAUUUUAACAUGAAUUAUUUUCUUAAGUUAUGCAAAAGCGGUUAAAACUGUUUAAAAAUGUACAAAGUUCAGACACUGAAACUGGUUUUACUUAAAGCAUACAUUUAUUACUGUAUAGUUAAGUGCUGUUGAAAUAAAUAAUUAUUGAUAAUCUUCUAUUACUUUAUUAUUUUGCUUUAGAAAUAAAUUGUUAAAGUUAUUUCAAAAUGCGCAAAAUUUA